UCUGCAAGAAACUGUGUGGGUGUGUCAUGCAACCUGUCAAUCAGCCCACCUUAAGCCAAUCCGAACCAUGCGUUUUUUUUGUGAGGGUGUUCACAAGCCAGUCAGAACCAUACAUUCUUUUGGAAUCUGCAGAGAGGAAUUUCCUUCCCAGGACACUCUGUGGAAGAAACAAACAAGGAUUUGAAGGCCUGAACUGUGAAAUCAACUUUGAUGACUGCUCCUACGGCUUCUGUAAAAACAAUUCGACGUGCUUAGACCUGGUUGCAGACUACGCUUGUGUUUGUCCUCCAGGCUUCAUGGACAAAAACUGCUCAAUGGACAUUGAUGAAUGUCCCUUCAAGCCCUGCAAAAAUGGAGCCAGUUGCCAUAAUUUGAUUGGCGAAUUUUACUGUAACUGCUUGCCAGGUUUUACUGGCAAGCUGUGUGAAACAACUAUUGGUGGCUGCUUGUCACGACCUUGUGGCGCUUUCAGUCUCUGUGAAGAUGGAGUUGAUGGUUAUCAUUGUUUCUGUGCACCUGGUUUUAUAGGGAAUAACUGUGAGACAGAAAUGGAUGAGUGCCUAAGUGGCCCCUGCCUCAAUGGUGCUACGUGUGUCGAACAGCUUAAUGCCUUCAGCUGCCAGUGUUCUGAUGGAUUUCAAGGCACACUUUGUGAAAUCGACAUAAAUGAAUGUCACUCAAACCCCUGUCUCCAUAAUGCAACUUGUACAGACCUUAUUGGUGGAUAUGACUGUGUCUGCCUUUCCGGCUUCACAGGUAUGCGCUGUGAAACUGAUAUAGAUGAAUGUGCUUCGUUUCCUUGCAAGCAUGGAGGCACCUGCAUUGACCAACCUGGUAAUUACUACUGCCAAUGUGUGACUCCAUUUAAAGGUUUUAAUUGUGAAUUCAGGCCCUGUGAGGGAGGGAAUCCCUGUGAGAACGGAGCUGUGUGUCUGAAAGAGACGGACUUGGCUGCCUUUCCCCUUGGAUUCCGGUGCCAGUGUCUGAAGGGCUUUGAAGGCCCACGCUGUGAGAUCAACGUCAAUGAGUGCAGCUCCAACCCUUGCUUCCAUGGAUAUUGCUACGAUGUUGUUGACGGCUUCUACUGCUUGUGCAACCCUGGGUACGCAGGACAAAAAUGUGACCAAGAUAUUGAUGACUGCCUCGUUAAUGCAUGCAAACACAAUUCUACCUGUGUGGAUCUCCAUUUGGGCUACCAGUGUGUCUGCCUCCUUGGCUGGGAAGGACCAUUUUGUGAAUCUGAAUCCAAUGAGUGUGACUCUGCACCUUGUAAGAAUAAUGGCACUUGCAUUGAUCUCUUCAAUGACUUCCGUUGUUUGUGUGCAGCAGGCUGGACAGGGCAGCAAUGCAGCGAAGAUAUAAAUGAAUGCGAUUCUGAACCAUGCCUGAAUGGAGCCACCUGCCACGAGUCCACUGUCUAUGGUCAAUUUCUAUGUGUUUGCCCUCCAUUUUAUAUUGGAAGGACUUGCCAGUAUCGCUACAACCCAUGUGAUGCCCCCUACAACCCAUGUAUCAACAACUCUACUUGUUUGGCACAAGUUAAUGGGAAGCCAUUGUGCAUCUGUCAAAAAGGAUUUGAAGGUGCUUACUGUGAAAUUGACAACAAUGAAUGCAUCUCCAGCCCGUGUAAGAAUCAAGGUCACUGUGUGGAUGGGGUUAACGGUUACAGGUGCUUCUGCAGAGAUGGCUUUUCUGGGACAUGGUGUGAAGUGGAGAUUAAUGAGUGUGCCUCAAAUCCCUGUGCAAACAGUGGAACAUGCAUAGAUCUUAUAAACAGGUUCCUUUGCCACUGCCCAACUGGUUACUAUGGGUCGCUCUGUGAGCUGGAUGUGGAUGAAUGUGAAAUUAUUCCUUGCUUGCAUGGAGGAAGCUGCUUCAACAAGCCUGGCGGCUAUCAAUGUGUCUGUGCUCCUGGUUUCACAGGCAACCAGUGUGAAGUGGAUAUAGAUGAAUGCGUUUCAACACCUUGUCUCAACAAUGGAAGCUGCGUCGAUGGCAUCAGCUACUAUAAGUGCUACUGCCGAAGUGGUUUUAUUGGAAUAAACUGUGAAACAAAUGCUGAUGAAUGUUUGUCAGCGCCUUGUCUUCAUGGAAGAUGCAUUGACCUCAUUGAUGGGUAUCGGUGCAACUGCGAAGCGGGGUGGACCAGUUCAAGAUGUGAAAUUGACGUUAAUGAAUGUGAAUCGGCUCCCUGUCUUAAUGGAGGUUCUUGUCAAGAUUUGGUCAAUGCCUUUGAGUGCAUUUGCUUGAGUGGAUACACUGGUGAAUUUUGUGAAGUGGAUAUUGAUGUUUGCGCUGAACCUCUUCUGAACUCAUCCCUCUGUUUCAAUGGAGGCAAAUGUGUUGAUGGCCCAGGAAGAACUUUUUAUUGCAGAUGCCUGGAUGGAUUCUCUGGUCAGUUUUGUGAAGCAGACAUUAAUGAGUGCAUCUCAUCACCAUGCCAGCAUGGCGCCGUCUGUGAAGACCUUAUUAAUGGAUACUUCUGCAGAUGUCAGGAAGGCUGGGAAGGCUUCCGUUGUGAAGAGGAUAUCAAUGAAUGUGCAUCAAAUCCCUGCAUGCAUGGGAUUUGCAUCGAGAAUGAACCAGGCUUUGGCUACACCUGUUACUGCAAACCUGGAUUUGUGGGCCGAAGCUGUGAGCUUAAUUACGACGAUUGCUUAAUACGUACCUGCCCUGCUGGGUUUCUCUGUGUGGAUGGAAUAAACAAUAUCACCUGUUUACCUGCAGUCCCCCAAAGGGGACAAACCAUCAUAAAAAUGGAAGGAGUGCCCCCUAGUGAGCCAUUACAGAGAGGCCUCGCAUCAGCCCAUCCAAGCCUCUCGCCUUCUGACCUUUAUAUUUUUCAAACUUCCACAGAUUCUAGCUAUAUCCAAUACCAAGGGAAUUCUUACAUGGAAUUUGAGGGUUUUCGUUUGCAACCACAAAACAACAUCAGUUUAGAAUUCCAGACCUUCAGCUUCGAAGGAACCAUUCUUUAUAUUGAACAGAACCCAAGAACAGUGGGACAUUUUGUUAUUCAACUUUCUGUCAAACAUGGGGCCUUACAGUACCAAUUUGUAUGCGACAGCAUAGGAGAAAUUAGAAACAUCAGUACUAAUGUGAGAGUGGAUGAUGGACAGAAAUACAGAGUGCGUGUUAGGCAAGACUUGGCAAUGUGCGAGGCUGAAGUGACUAUCCUGGGAGUAGCUACAAAAGCAAGCAUGUCCAGCAACCAUUGGUCGACUUUCAUUUGGGAUACAACAGGACCAAUAUUUGUUGGCGGUUUACCACAUCCUUAUGCAACAAAGCAGAUGACUGAACCCACCUACAAUUUUACCGGCUGUAUAGAAGUUACAGAAAUCAAUAACUUGGGACCCUUCACCUUUGCUAAUGCUGUGAACAAAAACAAUAUUGACAGUUGCAGAUUUCCUCUGUCUGAAGAAACACCGAUGGAUGUCUCUGGCGCUGUUUCCGAAGCACUCAAGUCAGCUUUGCCCUCACCUGCUCGCCCAGUCUCGUUGUCAGUCUGCCAAGAGAAUUUGUGUCGUAAUGGAGGGACAUGCCAUCCCAUCAAUCUUCCUGAUGGCGUCAACUCGUUUCAAUGUGACUGCCGUCUGCAUUUUACUGGACGCUUCUGUGAAAAAGAUACAACCCUAUUUUUCCCAUCGUUCGCCGUGAAUUCAUAUUUGGAACUACCUUCUCUAACAUCUCUGUCUAAGGACAGACAUGCAUUAGGACCACAGUGGAACCGAAUGAUGAUUCACUUAACAGUGAAGACUACUGCUUUGAAUGGCACCCUCCUUUACAGUGAGUAG